UUUGACACUAUUCUUCAACAUUUGCAUUCUCCCAAAGUCCAUCCUCAGCACCACGCGCCGCCGCUUAUGGCUCCACCUCCCAUCGACAAUUCCGCCUCCAUAUUCGUCGCCGGUCACCGCGGCCUCGUCGGCUCCGCCGUCGUCCGCAGGCUCAGAUCCCUCGGCUACACCAACCUCCUCCUCCGCACCCACGCCGAGCUCGACCUCACCUCCCAGCCCGCCGUGGACGAGUUCUUCGCCUCCCACCGGCCCCGCUACGUCGUCCUCGCCGCCGCUAAGGUCGGCGGCAUCCACGCUAACAACACCUACCCCGCCGAUUUCAUCACCGUCAACCUCCAGAUCCAGACCAACGUCAUCUCCUCCGCGCUCCGCCACCAAACCCUAAAGCUCCUCUUCCUCGGCUCCUCCUGCAUCUACCCCAAAUUCUCCCCGCAGCCCAUACCGGAGUCCGCCCUCCUCACCGGCCCGCUCGAACCCACCAACGAGUGGUACGCCGUCGCCAAGAUCGCCGGGAUCAAGAUGUGCCAGGCGUACCGCCUCCAGCACUCGUUCGACGCCAUCUCCGCCAUGCCCACCAACCUGUACGGGCCCAACGACAAUUUCCACCCGGACAAUUCCCAUGUCCUUCCAGCCCUUCUGCGCAGGUUUCACGAAGCCAAAGCCAAUGGUGCCCGUAGCGUGGUGGUUUGGGGCAGUGGGACCCCUCUGCGCGAAUUUCUUCACGUAGAUGACCUGGCGGACGCCAUAGUUUUUUUACUGGAGAAUUACAGUGGUGUGGAGCAUGUGAAUGUGGGGAGUGGGAAGGAGGUUACCAUUAAGGAGCUUGCUGAGCUUGUUAAGGAAGUGGUUGGAUACAAAGGGGAGAUUGUUUGGGACUCGAGCAAGCCUGACGGGACGCCGAGGAAGCUCAUGGAUAGCUCGAAGCUUGCGGGCCUGGGAUGGGAGCCCAAGAUUUCUCUCAAGGAUGGGCUUGUGGGUACUUACAAGUGGUAUCUGGAUAAUAGGGAUACUGGUGAAAAGGCCAAAUUGCACGUAAUGGAAGCCGAGCCUGAUAGAAAAUACUGGCAAAGGAUUUGCUCAGAGGGCUGGGCCCAGCCCAGCCCAAUUAUCUACCUACUUCCGAUCUAGAACUUGCUUUCAGAUGACUGGCAGAUAUUUCAUUAAUGUAGUUAAGCUUGAAGUGAAAUAGCAAUUCUCACUUCUCAGUGUAAAUGUAUGAAACAAUUAGCACAAUACAUAUGCUUUUGAAUGAAAGUGCUUAAUCAGAAACAUUUCUAUAUAUGUUUUUGCACACACAUAAAAGAA